CUCAGCAAGAAAAUGAAACUUUCGUGAAACAAGCUUUGGUAUCUGAAACCGAAGAGGAGAGCGAAGAGUUUGAACAACUGGAUAUCAAAGAGUCUUCUGAAGAACAGACUUUGACAUCUGGAAAUGAAGAUACCGAGCAAUUCGAACGAUUAGAACUGAAUGAACCUCCUGAAAAAGUAGAUCUUAAAGUGGUAGACGACGGUCAAAGUGUGAAUGAAGAUGAGCUAAGAAAAAGUCUUUUAGAACAAGAAAAAGAAAAUGCAGAACUUGAUGCAAAACUCAAGGCAGCAGCAGAACGCCGUAAGGAACUUGAGAAACAGUUAGAAAAAAAACUUGAAGCACAAGAGAGAGAAAAUGCAGCAAUCGAAGCGAAGCUUAAAGCGGCCACUGAACGGCGAAAAGAACUUGAAAGAUUAUUAGAAGAGAAACUUAGGGAUCGAGAACAACAAGAACUGGAAAAAAUGGAUGGAAAAGAAGUAAAAACUGAACAAGGACAAGAAGAUUAA